CACUUCCCACCCUCCCUCUCCCCCUGCUGGCCGAGCGCGCAGCGGGCGGACUACGGGGCCGGGAGCUGCCCACUGUCCACCCCCACUUCCCACCAGUCGCCCGGGUUUCUCCUCCCGGCCACUGUCCCCCCGCAACUUUCCGUGCUUUGUUCUCCGGCUGGAAAUGAUUUACGGAAGCGUCUUGGACACGGUCUCCGCCAGGCGGCAAGAGCCCAGCGCUGAGAUGUGUUACGUUCUCAUCUUCCCAUCAAUUAUGUAUGGAAACAAAUAAGGAAGAGUCAAUUUUGCAUGAGCCCCUUCUCCGGAGGCGAGAGACAUCCUGCAGCCCUGAGAGCAGCCUCUCGCCUUGGCGGCCACUGGCGGGGCGAUGGUGAGGAGGAAGGUAGCUAAGGGGAAUUUCUGAGGAGGGGCUGUUCUGUUACCACCUGGGCCCAUCAUGAGGUUCUUCCUGCUCUGUGCCUACAUGCUGCUUCUGAUGAUAUCCCAGUUGAGGGCAGUCAGCUUCCCUGAAGAUGAUGAGCCCCUUAACACUGUUGACUAUCACUAUUCAAGGCAAUAUCCGGUUUUUAGAGGACGCCCUUCAGGCAACGAAUCACAACACAGGCUGGACUUUCAGCUGAUGUUGAAAAUUCGAGACACACUUUAUAUUGCUGGCAGGGAUCAAGUUUAUACAGUAAACUUAAAUGAAAUCCCCAAAACAGAAGUAAUACCGAGCAAGAAGCUGACGUGGCGAUCAAGACAACAGGAUCGAGAAAAUUGUGCUAUGAAAGGAAAACAUAAAGAUGAAUGCCACAACUUUAUUAAAGUAUUUGUUCCAAGAAAUGAUGAGAUGGUUUUUGUCUGUGGCACGAAUGCAUUUAAUCCCAUGUGUAGAUACUAUAGGUUGAAUACCUUAGAGUAUGAUGGGGAAGAAAUUAGUGGCCUGGCAAGAUGCCCGUUUGAUGCCAGACAAACCAAUGUUGCCCUUUUUGCUGAUGGGAAGCUGUACUCCGCCACAGUGGCUGACUUCCUAGCCAGCGAUGCUGUUAUUUAUCGAAGCAUGGGUGAUGGAUCUGCCCUUCGAACAAUAAAAUAUGAUUCCAAAUGGAUAAAAGAACCACACUUUCUUCAUGCCAUAGAGUAUGGCAACUAUGUCUAUUUCUUCUUUCGAGAAAUUGCUGUGGAACAUAAUAAUUUGGGCAAGGCUGUAUAUUCCCGAGUUGCCCGCAUAUGUAAAAACGACAUGGGGGGCUCCCAGCGGGUCUUGGAGAAACACUGGACUUCCUUUCUGAAGGCACGGCUGAACUGUUCUGUCCCUGGAGACUCCUUUUUCUACUUUGAUGUGCUGCAAUCCAUCACGGACAUAAUUCAAAUCAAUGGCAUCCCCACUGUGGUUGGGGUGUUUACCACACAGCUCAACAGCAUUCCCGGUUCUGCUGUCUGUGCAUUUAGCAUGGAUGACAUUGAAAAAGUAUUCAAAGGACGGUUUAAAGAACAGAAAACUCCAGAUUCAGUUUGGACAGCUGUCCCCGAAGACAAAGUACCAAAGCCAAGGCCUGGCUGUUGUGCUAAGCACGGCCUUGCGGAAGCUUAUAAAACUUCCAUCGAGUUCCCGGAUGAAACCCUAUCGUUCAUCAAAUCCCACCCGCUGAUGGACUCCGCCGUCCCGCCCAUUGCUGAUGAGCCCUGGUUCACGAAGACUCGGAUCAGGUACAGACUGACGGCCAUCGCCGUGGACCAUUCUGCCGGACCCCACCAGAACUACACAGUCAUCUUUGUUGGCUCAGAAGCUGGUGUGGUACUUAAAGUUUUGGCAAAGACCAGCCCCUUCUCUUUGAAUGACAGCGUGUUACUGGAGGAGAUUGAAGCCUACAACUAUGCAAAGUGUAAUGCUGAGAAUGAGGAGGACAGAAAGGUCAUCUCAUUGCAGUUGGAUAAAGAUCAUCACGCUCUGUAUGUGGCAUUCUCUAGCUGUGUAAUUCGAAUCCCCCUCAGUCGCUGUGAGCAUUACGGAGCCUGUAAAAAGUCUUGUAUUGCAUCUCGGGACCCGUACUGUGGCUGGUUAAGCCAGGGGGCCUGUGGGAGAGUGUCUCCAGGGAUGCUUGCUGGAGGAUACGAACAAGACACAGAAUACGGCGACACGGCCCAUCUAGGGGACUGCCAUGAAAUUUUGCCUACUUCAACUACACCAGAUUACAAAAUAUUUGGCGGUCCAACAUCUGACAUGGAGGUAUCUUCGUCUUCUGUUACCACAAUGGCAAGUAUCCCAGAAAUCACCCCUAAAGUGAUUGAUACCUGGAGACCUAAACUGACGAGCUCCCGGAAAUUUAUAGUUCAAGAUGACCCAAUCACUUCUGAUUUUACUGAUCCUUUAUCAGGUAUCCCAAAGGGUGUCCGAUGGGAAGUUCAGUCUGGAGAGUCCAACCAGAUGGUCCAUAUGAAUGUCCUCAUCACCUGUGUCUUUGCUGCUUUUGUUUUGGGUGCAUUCAUUGCAGGGGUGGCAGUAUACUGCUAUCGUGACAUGUUUGUUCGGAAAAACAGAAAGAUUCACAAAGAUGCAGAAUCUGCCCAGUCGUGCACUGACUCCAGUGGAAGUUUUGCCAAACUGAAUGGUCUCUUUGACAGCCCGGUCAAGGAAUAUCAACAGAAUAUUGAUUCUCCCAAAUUGUAUAGCAACCUGCUGACCAGUCGGAAAGAGGUGCCAGCCAACGGGGAUACUAAAUCCAUGGUGAUGGACCAUCGAGGCCAACCUCCCGAGCUGGCAGCCCUCCCCACGCCUGAGUCUACACCUGUGCUUCACCAGAAGACCCUACAGGCCAUGAAGAGCCAUGCAGAGAAGGCCCACAGCCAUGGGGCGUCAAGGAAAGAAACUCCUCAGUUCUUCCCAUCUAGUCCUCCACCCCACUCCCCUUUAAGUCACGGACAUAUCCCCAGUGCCAUUGUUCUUCCUAAUGCGACCCAUGAUUACAACACAUCUUUCUCAAACUCCAAUGCUCACAAAGCUGAAAAGAAGCUUCAAAACAUUGACCACCCUCUUACAAAGUCAUCCAGUAAAAGAGAUCACCGGCGUUCUGUGGAUUCCAGGAACACCCUCAAUGAUCUGCUGAAACACCUAAAUGACCCAAAUAGCAACCCCAAGGCCAUCAUGGGAGACAUCCAAAUGGCCCACCCGACCCUAAUGCUGGAUCCUGUGGGACCUCUGUCUGAGGUCCCACCCAAGGUCCCCAACCGGGAGGCAUCACUAUACUCUCCUCCUUCCACUCUCCCCAGAAAUAGCCCAACCAAGCGAGUGGACGUCCCCACCACUCCUGGAGUCCCAAUGACUUCUCUGGAAAGACAAAGGGGUUAUCACAAAAAUUCCUCCCAGAGGCACUCUAUAUCUGCAAUGCCUAAAAACUUAAAUUCACCGAAUGGUGUUUUGUUAUCUAGACAGCCUAGUAUGAACCGUGGCGGGUACAUGCCCACCCCCACAGGGGCGAAGGUGGACUAUAUUCAGGGGACACCAGUGAGUGUUCAUCUGCAGCCCUCCCUCUCCAGACAGAGCAGCUACACCAGUAACGGCACCCUUCCCAGGACGGGACUAAAGAGGACACCGUCCUUAAAACCAGAUGUGCCACCAAAGCCUUCAUUUGUUCCUCAAACCACUUCUGUCAGACCACUGAACAAAUACACUUACUAGGCCUCCAGUGUGCUAUCCCCGUGUGGCUUUAUUCUGUCCAUGUCCUGAGAGGAUGCUGUUGUAAUGGUACCCUAAGACAAGAGACUCGCUUGUAUUUUAAAGAGAGCCAAGUGGCCAAAGAAACGUCUAACUUUGGCAACAUCACAACUUGCCACAUGUAGCUACUGCAACAAGGCUUCUGUGUACUUGUCUGAAAACAAAGGAAGGUGCUGGUCAUUCCAUUUCUUUUGUUUGAAGCUAAAGAGAUGUAUAGCUCUGAGGGGCCAUCUUAACGGUAUAAAGAGCUGAUAGAGUACUCAGAAGAAUCUGUGAGCAAAUACUUGAAAAUGGGUUCAACUUAGACUGCCAUUACGUGUGGUCUUCCCAUUCAAUGUGAACAUUUUCUUAUGUAUGCAUUCACCUUGCCUCUUGCACAAAUGUCAAAAACAAUGGUAAUAUCUCAAAGAAAAGAACUUGUAGAUUACCAAACAAUUUGCGAAAAAUUCAGUCUUCGACCCAAGUUGUAGCAUUUUUUUCAUGCGUGGCACUUUUUUCAUGCCACCAAUGAACUGUGUUGCGUGUGUGUGGGUGUGUGCCUCUGUGUGCGUGUGGAUGUGUCUGUGUGUUCUGUACCCACUAGGAGUUGUGUAGGUGCCCACCACAUCUUUUCGUGCUAUGGAGUUGUUUACAUUGAGCAUGACUGAACGAAAGACAAUAACUUCUUCCCACAGCAGUCCAUUGGGUCCAGCUUUCAGAAGGAAGUAAAAUCGAGGCCAAUUUGACCAUGGUGCCCAAUGCUAGAAUGUAAGGGUUUCUAGAUAAUUCUGUGCUGCUAUUCAUUAAAACUUCUAUUACAGUCUUGCCAGCUAAAGGCGAUAGAGAUAUUAAGAGGUAUCCUUGAUUUAUCCACCAGUAUUCAGUAGUGAAACUUAUCUGUCCACUGUGAAUCCAAGCCCAAGUCAUUCUAUAUCACCUUGGAUACUGAUACGGUUUUAUUUGGAUUGUUUGGUUUUUUUCCUAUGGAGUAAUAUUUGGCUUCCUUUAACAACCCCUAUCCCCAAGAUCAAAACAAAACAGAAGACAAAAGAAGGGAGUGUGAAGGCAUUGUAAUUGGCUUAACAGGAACAGUCUAUGAAAACCUACGAGAGGUGCAAUCAUGUUGUCUAUGUUGUGUUAUGUGAGAAUUUUCUCCUAAGUCAUGCAGGUAAUGACAAUAUACUGUAAAUAUUACAUGUGAGUUUACCUGAAUCUGUGCAUUUUGUGCCUUAUUCAUGAGAAUGAUAGAAGUUCUAAAAUACGUCACGUGUUUCCAGUAUAGCACAUCAUAUACUGAGUGCCAGUUGUAAAUGUUUUUCAACCAGCACCUGAAAGGACUUUUUCAAACAUUAUAAAACCACCUAGAACAAUUAAUCGUCAAACAAUCCACCCAAAUAGCAGCAUUCUAUCCUUUGCCAUGAUAAACAUUCCAUUCCUGCUUUCCAGAGGAUGACACAGUGAUAAUGUGAAGUCAAAUGAGGUUUUCCGGGUAAUGUGAACCCGGGGAAACCAUCUAGCAUCAGUUACACAUAGUUCUGCAGAAGCCACUCACAGUUGAUGAUGCGCAGCCCGAUGUCUGUCUCAGUUAAUGUGCUGAACACCACACCACGGUUUAUCGAACCUAAUCUAGAAAGUACCAAGGCAGAGGAAUGCUGCUGACUUAGUCAGACCAGUAAGUUCAGCUGAUGUCUUGCGAUAACCCUGAUGACAUGAUCCCUUGGGGGCCGAUGGGUGGCAGAGACCAGAGCAUUUUUAUACAGAAUGUAGAAUACUGAGACAGCUAUUCUUUUUCUUUGAGAAUAUUGUUUUAUAAAGAACAUGAUUCCCUGAUGUCUGCAAGCUCAAAAGCUAAAACUUCUGUUCUUGAAGCACUUCAGCUUUGCAACUAAAAUAUUACAGAUUAAUAAUAAAUUAAACCAACCAACGAUAAACACUACUCAGUCCACCGCCGACAAAGCGUGUUUGAAUUCACCUUACCAAUAUUAAUCCCGGCGCGGAAAACGGAACAGUAACUCUAUGUGAUCCCGGAUAACAUCUUGUAACAUUGUGCUGCCUUGUAGUUUGUAAUGUGAGUUCUAUCAGUAUUUAUGUUGAAAUUUCUAACAUAAAAUCUAGUCUAUCCUGUUAAUUUAAAUUUUAAAUGCUUUAUCCAUUUGUGCAAAGGUAAACACAGAUUGUAUCUUUUUUAAUGGUACGGCAUAAAAAGUAACCCUAAAGUGAAGUGGCUCUAUACUGUUUUAUAGAGUACUUUAACAUGUAUAGAUAUCUUGUAAACUUGUAUUGUGGAUGUGUAAAUAAUAUGUACUUUGGGUUUUUAACACCGCAUGUAAAGUCAAAAUAAAAUAUACAAAUCAUUAUA